UUUUUCUAUAUUCAGGUAUACUUUUUGUAAAGAUCAAUACCAUAAACUUUAAAACUAAUCAAAUAUGGAAGAAUUUUGGUUAAUUAGUGCACCAGGUGACAGAACUCCUCGUGAAACGUUUGAAAAGUUGGUAAAUGCAACAAUUCGAAACACAUCUUUGCCAUUGGCUCAAAACUACAAAUUCAACAUUCCUGAAUUGAAAGUUGGAACACUUGAUUCAUUAAUCGGACUCUCUGAUGAACUAGGAAAACUAGAUUCCUACUCUGAAUUAGUGGCAAAGAAAGUUGCUGGAUACAUGGGUGAUGUUCUGGAGGGACAGCGCGAUAAACUCGGCAGUAACCUCAUUGUGAAUGGAAAACCUCUUGCAGAGUUCCUGUGUCAUUUCCAGUGGGAUUUAGCAAAAUAUCCUGCAAAACAAUCAUUAAAAAAUCUUGCUGAUGUCAUAUCAAAAAAUGUAUCACAAGUAGAAACAGAUUUGAAAACAAAAUCUCAAGCUUAUAAUGCUAUAAAAACCAAUUUGCAAAGUUAUGAAAGAAAAACGACGGGGAGUUUGCUGCUGAGAAAUCUGAAUGAUCUUGUCAAAGAAGAUGAUUUUAUUCUAGAUUCUGAAUAUUUAGUAACAAUUCUGGUAGCUAUUCCAGUUGCACUAUACAAAGACUGGACAAGCUCGUAUGAGACUUUGACCGAUUAUGUCGUGCCAAAAUCAAGCAGGUUACUAUACGAGGACAAUGAAUAUGGUUUAUGGAAUGUGACAUUAUUUCGUAAAGUUUUGGAUGAUUUCAAACACAAAUGCUCUAGAAAUAAAUUUUUUGUUCGGGAGUUUCAAUAUAAUCAACAAGAUUUAAAUGCAGACAGAGAUCAGCUGAGUAAGCUUGAAUCAGAUAAAAAGAAAAUGCUGGGACCUUUAUUAAGAUGGUUGAAGGUCAACUUUGGCGAAGUGUUCAGUGCAUGGAUUCAUGUAAAAGCGCUGAGGGUGUUUGUUGAAUCUGUUUUACGAUAUGGUCUUCCUGUCAAUUUUCAAGCGGUAGUUCUUCAGCCACAGAAAAAGCAACAAAAGAAAUUACGAGAGACUUUAAAAGAUUUGUACAGAGACCUAGACAGCACAGGACUUUCAAAUGUGACAGAGGAUGACCACACAGUUCAUAGUCUCACUAUGGGCACACAGGAAUAUUACCCGUAUGUUUACUACAAGAUAACUUUGGACUUCGUCGGCAAAGAACGGAAAUAAACAAGACUGAAUCCUAUUUAUUUUUUAAUUUUAUUGCAAAAUCGUUUGUUUAUAUACAUUCAAGAGACUGGAAAUUAUGCUUCUGCACAUCAUGUGAAUCCGUGUUGUAUGUUUUCGUACAAUGUAGUACAGUGCAAUAAGAUCUUCUCAUAACCUAUAUAUCUCUAUCGUGUGCUCAUGCCAACAAGUUUAGUUUUGAAACUAUGCACAAAAGUGAGGCAUAAGCUCUUGACUAAGCAGUUGGCAUGGAUUGAUGUUGUUAAACACAAUAAAUAGUUAUUCAUGCAA